GACAUGGAGGUGUGAAUCAGUUAGGGGGAGUGUUCGUGAAUGGCAGGCCCCUCCCAGAUGUGGCGACGCGAAUCGUAGAGCUGGCUCACCAAGUCCGCCCCUGUGAUAUCUCCCGACAGCUCCGGGUCAGCCACGGAUGUGUCAGCAAAAUACUGGGGAGGUACUACGAGACAGGAAGUAUUCGUCCCGGUGUGAUUGGAGGAUCCAAACCAAAGGUUGCUACACCCAAAGUGGUGGAUAAGAUCGCCGACUACAAACGCCAAAACCCUACCAUGUUCGCCUGGGAGAUACGAGACAGACUAUUGGCUGAGAGAGUGUGUGACAACGAUAGUGUUCCCAGUGUCAGCUCGAUCAACAGGAUCAUCAGGACUAAAGUCCAGCAGCCUCCGGGUCAGUCAGGACCUCUCUCUGCUCACAACCUAGCGUCGUCAGUGGCGUCGACACAGGUUUCCGCGGUGACCAGUGACUCGGCUGGCUCCUCCUACUCCAUCAGCGGCAUUCUGGGAAUCAGCUCAGCUAACGAUGGGAAGCGGAAGAGAGACGACGCCCUCCAGGAGUCUCCUCUAGCCAAUGGUCAUGGUCCAGGUGGGAGGGAUUUCCUGAGGAAGCAGAUGAGAGGGGAUCUCUUCUCGCCGCAGCAGAUAGAGACAUCAGAAUAUUCGGCCAUGGCUCUAGCCGGUGGAUUGGAGGAGAUGAAAAGCAAUCUGGCCAAUCCAGGGUCAGCGGGGGAGCUAGGAGCCAGUGUUCCGGGUCCACAGUCCUAUCCACUGCCAGGUCGAGACCUCUCCAGUACCACGCUCCCCGGCUACCCCCCACACGUCCCCCCAACAGGCCAGGGCAGCUACUCCACCUCCUCGCUGACUGGUAUGGUACCUGGAGGAGAUUUUUCGGGGAGUCCCUAUUCCCACCCUCAGUAUUCCACAUAUAACGAGUCCUGGAGAUUUCCAAACCCCAGCCUGUUAGUGUUCCAACAGGACUAUGGGUCUCUCCUGGGGACGGAGAUCGGCUGUUCCUCUGGCCUCUUCACCGCCAGCCAGACGGGACAGAUGCAAGGGUCGCCGUACUACUACAGCGCGGCAUCGCGAGGGGCGGGACCGGCUGCCACGGCAACUGCCUCCGCCUACGACCGCCACUGACCCCGCCAAUCAACGAUGAAGAGGAGGAUGAGGAAGAGGAGGAAGAAAGGAGAGAUAGCACCAGCACUGUCCAAUAGUAGCCUGCCAACUGACAGAGGAGGAAGUAGAGGAGGAGAAACAGGAAGGAGAGGAGGAGAAACAGGAAGGAGAGGAGGAGGAAGGAGAGGAGGGGGAAGGAGAGGAGGAGGAAGGAGAGGAGGAGAAACAGGAAGGAGAGGAGGAGGAGGAAGGAGAGGAGGAGAAACAGGAAGGAGAGGAGGAGGAAGGAGAGGAGGAAAAACAGGAAGGAGAAGAGGAGGAAGAGGAAGUGGACGAAGAGGACGAGGAGGAAGAUCUGCUUUACAUCAGUAAACUCCCGACUGCGCGCUUUUGAUUGACACUCGAGCCGACCAAUCCCUGCUGAGCUGAGACACUGACCUAUUGCUAUUGCACCUGUUACGAUAACGUGGAAUAAACAGGAAGGAUGCACCCACAGAGACUGAUCCCAGGUCAGAUUGGAGAGUUUACCACCUAACGGGUAGGGUUAGGAUCUGAGGAGGGCAAGCUGAUCCCAGGUCAGAUUGGAGAGUUUACCACCUAACGGGUAGGGAUAGGAUCUGAGGAGGGCAAGCUGAUCCCAGGUUAGAUUGGUUGUUAUUAUAUACACCAGGACUAUUCGACUGUAGUUCAGAGCUCUCCUGGUUGUCACCUGGUUGUCAUCCUGCCCCUCUAACCAGGGACUGAUUCAGACCUGGGACACCAGGUAACUAGACUGUCUGGCCAAUCACUGACAUUAAUCAAUCAAUCAAUCAAUCAAUGAACUACUAGCCAGGGAGACUAGCCGCCCAGCAGAGACAAAGACCUGGAGAGAUGGAACUGAACAGCCUCCACAUUACAGCCUGAUAAGUACAACGUAGAGGGUGAAUCCCAAUAGGAUCUCCUUUCUCCUGAAGUGUACACUCGUUCACUACUUCCCACUAAUCUAAAACCAUUGGAUUGGUAGAGGCUUUUUUUAAAUUAAUUAUUGUUAUACCAGUCAUUUCCUUUGAACUCAGUGAAGGGAAGUGAAGAAAGUGCCUACUUUGGGAGGAAGGACGGCAGACAGACAGACAGACAGGCAGACAGACAGGCAGACAGACAGACAGGCAGGCAGACAGGCAGACAGACAGGCAGACAGGCAGGCAGACAGGCAGGCAGGCAGGCACAGAAUAUGAGCCACCCGAGUUUCUGGUGAAUAAGAUGGAUAUAUAUAGAGUGAGAGAGAGAGACAGAGAGAGAGAGAGAGAGAGAGAGAGACAGAGAGAGAGACAGAGAGAGAGAGAGAGAGAGAGAGUAAUAUAUUUAAAUCCCUUUUCGCUGCACUCAAAAGUGACCGUAUAAUUAUGGCUCUGUCUUUCCGUUUUUAGAGGUGAUUUCCAUUAUUUUCACACAUCCUGAAUAUGCUAACGAGUAACCAGGAAGUAGUAAUGGUGGCCACACCCCCUCCUCUCUCUCUCUCUCUCUCUCUCUCUCUCCAAAAUCCCCAAAGAUAGUGGUGCCCCCCCCAGUGGUGUGGCUGACUAACGACAAGAAGCACAAAGUGACCCAAAUCACCUUCAUAUAGACGCCAUUUUGACUUCUUCUUCUCCUUCUCCUUCUUAGUGCUUGUCUUCCAUUAGACAUUCGUUCUUCAGUGGGAGAAUAAACUGAAACCUAUGGUUUUUCUCUCCC